AUGGACAAGCCUCCAUGUUCCGCUGCUUUCUCCUUUCCACCAGUGGUUCCACCAGCUAUGGAUGAGGAGCAGGUGGAUGAGGAGCAGGUGGAUGAGGAGCAGGUGGAUGAGGAGCAGGUGGAUGAGGGGCAGGUGGAUGAGGAGCAUCUUCUGAUUGCUUCAGAGGAGCUGAGUCCAGUGGAGAUUGAGGAGCGCGGGCCAGGACUAGGCGACCUUCAGUAUGACGAGGCCCGGACCCUGGCCCAGACCGUGGUCUCCAUGGGGGACCAGGCCGGGGAGUCCCUGCCCAGAGCCUACCUGGCCUUAGGACUCUGCUGCAGUCUGCAGGCCUCCGACGCUGCUCUAAAAUCCGACCGGGAUCAUUUCAACAAACGAGCUCUAAAGGUUCUACAGAAAGCUCACUCUCUGGACCCGCAGGACUCACAGAUCCUGAUGUACUUGUCUCUGCAGCUGGCCCUGGUCCGUCAGGUCUCGGCCUCCAUGGAGCCGCUGCAGAGGGCCUUGUGUCUUCGUGGAGAGGACUUGAACUCACUCCAUCUGUUGGUUCUUGUGCUCAGCGCCCAGAAGCACCACAGACACGCCCUGGACACCGCCACCCUCGCCCUGAGCCAACACCCCGACAACUUCAAGUAA